ACUGGAGGGCGGUGGAAAAGGACAGGGAGGAGCCCCAGCUGAUAAAAGGGCUUUGGUAAGAACAGUGGUGAAAGCAGGAGUGGAUAUGGAAGGUUUGGAUUGCUCUCGGAGGAACGGUGGGAGGGUCAAAUGUUCUGCAGGUUCAGCACGCGCUGCGCCCUGCCUGCGCCCUGCCUGGUUUUUUGUCCUUUCCUUUUUAGGGUAGGAAAACAAAUUUCUGGGGCAGGAGAAGAAGAAAUGCAGCAGUCUUCUCUGCACGGCUCAUUUUGCGUGAGUUGCCAGGUGCUCCUGUGGUGAUGGGUGCUGAUGAGCCAGCCUUCGUGGUAGGGCUGUGGCUUUAUUUUAUGUCAGAAUUUGAGGCCUACGAUUUUCCCACUGUGAGUGCCUGUUUUAAAUGAUAAAACGCGAUAUGAAAAUUAGCUUCCCUCCUUGUAUCAGAAUCACGUAUUGACUUUUGAUAUUUGUCUUUCUAUUCCUUUAGCAAGUGGGGUGUUGAUGCUGCUGCACGUAUCUCCCAUUUUGCCCUUCUGCUUUGUGUAAAAGAAUAGCAAAACAUGCCAUCUGUGCGUGCAAUUUCCUUGAAGUAUUUUACUUCAAGGUUCCCUAAACUUUGGAUGUGGGAGGUGACCACUCCUUUGUCUAUGAUGAAAGCCCAGCGGUGAUGCAGGCACUUGCUGAGGUCACAGUGGUUGCCGGGCUGGGAGCGUUUGUGCCCCAGCUGGGAGCAGAGCUGGUGCUGUAGUGAGCGUGGUGCACACUGAGACCGAGCUCUGUGCUUUCAUGGAGAGAUCUUCCUGUGAGAGCCCACUGGAAGCAGCGCUGCGGCGUGUGUGAGAGCUGGGCCCAGCUGCGGCUGAGCAGUGGCCAGGUUCUUUCUUCAGGGUUGGUUUACCAAAGGAGAUUUUGGGGACUGAGGCAGUUGAAGAGUGAAGCCAGCUCUUUCCAACAGCAGGGGUCAGUCCCUGUGGAGAGGAGCCCAGGAACGUGAGCUUCCUCUGAGACAUUCCCCAGCAUGUCCCAGCAGGGACACAGACGCGGUUGCCAUUCCUGCUUUGCGCGUGGAAAGAAGCAGCGCCGUGCUGUUCCCCAUGCUAGGGAGCAGCAGCCAGCAGGCUGCCCCAGUGCCAGCUGGGCCUUGCAGCGCGCAGAGGGACGCGAUGGGGAUGGAGCAUCCUUAGCACCAUGCAAAAGGAUGGAGCCUGCGCGUCCAUGGAAUGGUGCUGGGCAUGGGGGGAAACGGAAAGCCUCCCCAGGAGCUGAUGACAACAGGCUUGCAGGGAGGCAGGGGAGGAGCAAGGAGAGUGGCACAGCACCCAAGAGAGGGAGAGGUGCUGAGCCAAAUGGCGAAAUCUCCAUGAAAACUCCUCUCCAGGCUGGAGGGCUUCCUGAAGCAGCAGGUCCCAGCAGAGGGGGAACAGCUGCUCCUGCAGUUGCCAACUGCUCCCUCUCCAAGAUCAUGGUGGCAAGAAAGCGCAAGGCAGUGGAAGAGGAGGAGCAGAAGGCAGAGCUGGGUCCUGCCAACAAACAAGUGAAAGUGGAGCACAAUGGGGAGAAGGCUCAGAGCCCUCAUCAGAGCAGAGGUGCUGUGCCAGCUCCAUCAGCACAGCCUGGGCCUGCCCCAGUGCCGACCGAGCGGUUCCGGACCUCAAAGCGAAGAGGUAAGAAGUUCUCCACCAUAAACAGCCUUGUGGAGAUGAUGGAGAAGCUGCAGCUGAAGGACUGA